AUGAGAUUAUGCAAUAUCCCUGUUCGUAGCGCGUGUGAGGGUUGCCAGAACGUGCAAUUCUAAGUAAUAGUGUGCACAAACCACGCAAUCUGGCGGCUCGAUCUGUCCGCUGUGCGCCCAGGUGGCCUGUUUCGCGCAUGCGCAGUUGUGAGCGUCAGUCCCAUCAGCACCAGAAUAUCCUGAGCAUCAGUGCGGCGGAAAUCUUCUGCGUGUGUUUCCCUUUGGGAUUUUUAAUCAGAAUAUAAAUAUUCAUAUUCAUUAUUCAUUAUGGACAAUAAUAUGAUGUAUGUUUGAGUAAGUGACCGGGAAUAUUCCAAGAAAUAACAUCUGGAGAUUAUUGCGUAUUAUUUUAGUUUCAGAUCAGUCGGAGAGCGCGUUGGGGUUUUUUUUUUGUUGUUUGUUUUCUUUUUCUUUUUUUUCUUCAAACUCAUCCUGUCACACGGCUCACGACGGGGGCUUCAGGCGCGCGGCCGCCCGGUGGGAUGCGCCUCGGCCUCGGCGUGCUGUCGUAUCCGCUCCCCGUGCUGAUGGCGGCGCUGUACCGGGGCCCGCACACCGCCUCUCCGCGCUCCCACCUGGCGCUCAAGGACGUGCGAGAGGUUCAGGAGGAGACCACGCUGGAUGAGAAGCUCUUCUUGUUGGCCUGCGAGAAGGGUGAUUUCUACAUGGUGAAGAAGCUGCUGGAGGAAAAACCCCAUGGUGAGCUGAACAUCAACUGCGUGGACGUGUUGGGGAGAGACGCAGUCACCAUUGCCAUCGAGAAUGAGAACCUGGACAUCCUGCAGCUGCUCCUGGACCACGGAUGCCAGACGACAGAUGCUCUUUUGGUGGCCAUCGAUUCGGAAGUGGUAGGAGCUGUUGAUAUUCUUCUCAACCACCGACCCAGACGAUCCUCCAAACCUUCUAUUGCGAAACUGAUGCAGCGGAUUCAGAACCCGGAAUAUUCCACCACCAUGGACGUGGCUCCUGUCAUCCUGGCUGCUCACAGGAACAACUACGAGAUUCUGACCAUGCUCCUGAAGCAGGAUAUCUCGCUUCCCAGACCUCACGCUGUGGGCUGCGAGUGUAUGCUCUGCAACGCCAAGAACAAGAAGGACAGCCUGCGUCACUCCAGGUUUCGGCUGGACAUUUAUCGCUGCCUAGCGAGUCCAUCACUUAUCAUGCUGACAGAGGAAGACCCUAUUCUCCGAGCAUUUGAGCUCAGCGCUGACCUUAAGGAGCUCAGCUUGGUUGAGGUGGAGUUCAGGACUGAUUAUGAAGAACUAGCCAAGCAGUGCAAGAUGUUUGCCAAGGACCUGUUAGCCCAGGCACGGAACUCCCGCGAGCUCGAAGUCAUCCUGAACCACACAAGCAACGAGGAUCACGUGAAUAAAAGAGGAUUACUAGAGGAGCGCAUGAACCUCAGUCGACUCAAACUCGCCAUCAAAUACAACCAGAAAGAGUUCGUGGCACAGUCUAACUGUCAACAGUUCCUGAACACAGUGUGGUUCGGUGAGAUGGCGAGUUACCGGCGUAAGCACACGGGGUUGAAGCUGCUGACGGUUCUGAGCGUAACUUUGCUCUGGCCUCUACUCUCAGUGUGCUACCUGCUUGGGCCACGCUCACGUGUCGGCCACAUCAUCCACACGCCCUUUGUCAAGUUCAUCAUCCACAGCGCUUCUUACCUUACCUUUCUCCUACUGCUUAACCUCUACUCACUGGUCUACAACGAAGACAAGAAGAACACCAUGGGCCCAGCACUGGAGUUUAUCGACUACCUGCUCAUUCUCUGGAUCAUAGGAAUGGUGUGGUCAGAUGUGAAGCGUUUGUGGUACGAAGGCCUAGAGGACUUCCUGGAAGAGUCGAGGAACCAUCUAAGUUUUGUGAUGAAUUCUCUGUACCUGGCCACCUUCGCACUGAAAAUAGUGGCUCACAGCAAGUUUGAGAACGGACACACUGACCGAAAAGACUGGGACGCCUCUCACCCCAUCCUGGUGGCCGAAGGACUUUUCGCCUUCGCCAACGUCCUGAGCUACUUGCGUCUGUUCUUCAUGUACACCACCAGCUCUAUCCUCGGCCCUCUACAGAUCUCAAUGGGUCAGAUGCUGCAGGAGUUUGGAAAGUUUCUCGGCCUGUUUCUGUUGGUGCUCUUCUCCUUCACAAUCGGCCUGACUCAGCUUUACGGAAAGGACCAGAAGGAUCCAUCCAAGAGCAAAGACGACAACAUGGACUGCGAAGGAAUCUUCUGCGAACAGCAGAGCAAUGACGCCUUCCAAACGUUUAUGGGGACGUGUUAUGCGCUCUUCUGGUAUAUCUUCUCUCUGGCCCAUGUGGCGUUGUUUGUGACCAGGAUCAGCUACACGGAGGAGCUGCGCUCGUUCGUGGGUGCCCUCAUCGUCGGCACGUACAACAUUGUCGUCGUGAUCGUUCUCACCAAGCUUCUAGUGGCCAUGCUGCACAAGAGCUUCAGACAGAUCGCUAACCAUGAGGAUAAAGAAUGGAAAUUUGCCCGGGCCAAGCUCUGGCUCAGCUACUUUGAUGAUAAAUGCACAUUGCCUCCACCGUUUAACAUCCUGCCAUCUCCGAAGACGCUGUGCUACUUAGUGACGAGCCUGAGCAAGUGGAUCUGUUCCCACACGUCUACUGGAAAGAUGAAGAGACAAAACAGCCUUAAGGAGUGGAAGAACCUGAAACAGAAAAGGGACGAGAACUACCAGAAGAUUAUGUGCUGCCUAGUGCAUCGUUACCUGACGUCUACGCGGCAGAAGAUGCAGAGCACCGACCAGGCCACGGUGGAAAACCUCAAUGACCUACGGCAAGACCUGUCCAAGUUCCGCAACGAGAUGAGAGACCUGCUCGGCUUUCGCACAUCCAAAUACGCCAUGUUCUAUCCCAGAAGCUAAAGCCACGAUUUGCCAUCUAGCAUGCCUGGAAAUGCUUCUUCUUCUACUUUUGCAGCAGGGACAUUGUGAAGUCCUGAGACUGGAAUACUAUAAUAAUAUAUUUAUUCUACACACAAGGCCUCCAGAUUUAGAACUUGUCUGAUUCCUAAUCGUUACACUUGUUUUCUAAAAAAAAAAAAAAAAAGUCUUUCUUUUGGACUAAAGUAUAUAAUAAAGUUUUUUGGGAAAAAAAAAAAUGCAUAACAAUUUUCUUUGUUUGAUUUUCUCUGGAAACUUUCUAAACUCUUUAAUAAGCCCCAGGGUUUAGACAGAGAAUUCAAAAGACUUGAUUCUAAGGUUGAUGUUUUGUGAUAUGAGAUGCUUAUAGACUCUGAGGCACAGGUGAAAUAUUGAUAUUAGAAGUCCCAAGAGUUUUAAGAGAGCAGAUUAGAGUUUACAGUUGAAUCUGAAGACAUUGUGUUGAAGUAAAAAAGAUCCAUUAUGCCACCAAAACAGCUUUGACUCAUUAUGACUUGGAUUCCACAAGACUUCAGAGUUAUGCUUUGGUAUCCAAGACGUUAGCAGCAGAGCCAUGAAGUCACGCAAGGUGGGGCUUUCAUGGAUCAUACAAUAUGUGUUUGUUAAGCAUGUCACAUAGAUCCUUGGUUGGAUCGAGAUCAGGGAAAUUUGGAUGCCAAGUCUGCACCUUGAACUCUUUCUCAUGUUCCCUUAAACCA